AUGCCGAGCGUCAGAUGGUGCGGCAAGGGCUAUGAGUACUGCUCAUCUCCUGCCUGCCAGGUCUACUUCUCCGACAGUUGCGAUGGCAACAUUCGCCCGGACGGUCCCGACACAAAGGAUUUCGGGCGGCCAAAGUAUGGCUCAGUUCCGUUUGGGCAAGCGAUCUACCACUGCGAAAGAUACGGCGUGAUUGCGUUGUCGUACGAUGAUGGUCCAUAUCAGUACACUGCUGAUCUCCUAGAUUUGCUUAAGAAAUACGAGGCCAAGGCUACAUUUUUUGUUACCGGCCGAAAUCUCGGCAAAGGUGCCAUUAAUGAUCCUGCGUUACGCUGGCGCAACCUCCUUAUGAGGAUGAUCGAUGAAGGACACCAAAUCGGCAGCCACUCUUGGUCCCAUCAGCAUCUCCCUGAGAUCAGCGAUGCGCAGCUUGAUAACCAAAUAAUCUACAACGAAAUAGCGCUUGCUGAUAUCUUUGGAUACUUCCCUACUUAUUUUCGUCCACCCUACUCUGCAAGUAAUGACAAGGUCGACCAAAGGCUGGGCGAACUGGGAUAUCAUGUCACGUACUUCAAUCUUGACACCGAGGGCUACUUGCACGACUCUCCAGAUGAAAUUCAAGAUUCCAAAAAUAUAUGGGACGAGAGCGUCGAAGGAAAAGACCCUGGGGAGACGAAAUGGCUGGACAUUGAGCAUGACAUUGUGUAUCAAUCGGUGUAUAAUAUGACCGAGUACAUGCUCAAGUCGCUCUUUAGGAAUGGAUUCAAGCCUGCAACGGUGGGGGAAUGCUUGAACGACCCCAAGGAGAAUUGGUAUCGGAGAGUGAAUAAUUGA